AUGGACGUUGCCAGAAGCGCGAAGCUCAAGCUCAAAGUCUAUCGUUCUAACUCUUCCCAUUACGGAGAAGAGCUUAGAAAAAAAGUUGCAGUGUUAGCUCAACAAGAGCUCCGACUAGGGCCGUUGCUGCCGGAUCAACGGUCGUUAUGUUCCGCCGAAGGAAAGAUCAUCAUGAAAACAGGCUAG